UUAAUUAUUUUCAAAUAUUGAUUGUUCUAAAAUGUAAUAAUAGUACACGUAUUUAUUUCGUUUGCAAGCAACAACAAUUACUACCACAUUUUACUCGUUUAUUUGACGGGCUACUCGUCGCUGUCCGCUUGAUGGCUGACCGUUUCCGAUGUUCAUCAUACGCAGUGUCAUUCGUCGGUUUGAUCAAGAACAAUCAUGUUAAAUAUUGAUUCCGCGUGGCAAAUAAGUGAACAGAUUAAAUACUAAAUAGAAAGUCAUCUAAAACGGUAUACCCUGUAAUUGACAUAGUGCACGGCAGCCAUUAAGGAAGGAGUUUUUAUUAAAAAUGCAUACUCCAUUAUUUUUCAGCCUGAGUAGUUAAACGGUGCUGGUCUGCUGCACACAAAAUCGAAAGUAAUAAUAAUACAUAAUUAAAUAGCGCAAGUUAUAAGUAGUGAAAAUAAUUUAAGAAAAAUGAAAGCGAUAAUUUGGUUUAUUUAUAUAAGCAGCAUUGUGAUUUUGUUUGUACAAGCCGAUGUGCAGGAUAACGAUCACACUGAGAUUUGUUCGAAAUGUGCUGAUGCCUCUUUGCCAAGAUGCGAGAGUACAGACGAAGAAAGAUUGGAUAAAAAAGUGGACUGUCAGUUAGAAAGAUGUGUUGUAGGAUUGGACACGGAAACUAAUUACAUAUGCCUUAUGGAGUUUCAAAGCCCUGAGAGCUCUAUUCAAGAGUCUAAAGGUGAUGGGAUAGAAAUAACAGUUCAACCCGUGCCAAUAGCGUUACAAAUGGUUCCAACAACCGAGAGCUCGAAAGAUAUUUCGAAGGAGAUCAACGGAGAGACGGUUGAACAAUUACAAAGUAAUGCCCAAAAUACAGAACACAAUGCGGCUUUAGAGACUGAAAGCGUUGUGGAGCAAGCAGACAAAAUGCCGGAAAAAGUAGAAGAAACACAAACAGAGGAAAGUGAGCAUAAGGAAGAACAAGCCGCGGCAGUUAGUGAAGAUAAAGUACCACCUGCACAAGAAAACCUAGCUGAGUCUCCGGAAAUUCCUGAGACAAGUGAUGCGGCAGUUGCUGAGAUGCCGUUAACAGCAGACGGAGAUGCCAUUAAUACAGCAAAUUCCCCAGAUUAUGCUGCUGAUGCGCCAGCCAAAGAGGACAGUGAAUCUCAGUUACCCGAAGAACAGCCAGGAAGCGCUGCGCCUGAAGGAGACAAGAAAGCAGAACAAACUGAAACAGAAAAUAUGAGUGAUACUCACGAGGAAGCUGCUGCAGUUAAUGAAAAACCAGAAAUUAAUGACGGGGAAACAGCAGACACGGAUAAUACUGACAACGAGACGAACAUUGGGACACAAAUACAAAUUACUAAUGCUGAAGGCGAUGAUGUGAUAAGUGAGCCAGCCGAUAAUAUGACAGAUCAACCACCGAUUGCUGCAGCGACUGGCAAUUCAUUGCCCGUGAAUGCCGAUAAGUCUCUCAGUUGCUUCUCAUGCACAAGCUCGGAGGAUACAAAGUGUGCAAAAGGGCCGGGCAGGGCGAUUAACUGUCCGGCAAUGGAAAAUAAACAAAAUGGUUGUUAUACCCUAUAUAAAGCUGACACAAACAUCACCACACGUGGCUGCAUAUCCGAACUCACUACUGAGGGUCUCAAAUACUGCAAGUCAAAUACGAAAAAGUGUUUUCUAUGCUACGAUAAGGGUUGCAACAAUCUGCUGGCGCCAUCAACUGCUAGCCGAAAUAUUGGAGCCUUCAGUUUUUGUUUGGGUAUCGGAAGUUUGAUUUUUAUUAAAAUUAUGAUUAAUUAAAAAAAAAUUUUUUUUUUGCAUCAUUUAAAAAUAUACAUACAAGUCAAAUGUGUGAGUGUUUGGAGUUGCCAUACAUCUUUACAUCGAAUAUAAAUAAAGCAAAUAAUGAAA